AUGCCCCUGACUUGGAAACACAUGCGAGGCAGUGUUUUGUUCUUUCUUAUCAACGCGGUUGCCGCAACAGCGUUGAUAUUCGAGGGCUACAGCCAAGGUAUUUUUGGGGCUGUUAGCGAGACGCCCGGCUUCAUCCGCAUGGCCGAUAUCGGCCGAGAUGGGGUCGUCACCAACUCGACAAAGCAAGGAGGCCUUGCCGCGGCCUAUUACUUUGGCGCCAUGUGGGGAUGCUUUGUAGGCAGAUGGGUUGCCGAUAAGGUCGGGCGGAAGCGCGGAGUGUUUGUGGGCACCAUCUUUGGCAUCCUCGGCGCUGCCCUGCAGGCCGCCAGCCGGAGCCCGGACAUGUUCCUCUGCGCACGAGUCGUGGCUGGCAUUGGCAUCGGAUUCAUGAAUGCCGUCAUCCUGCCUUGGGUCAGCGAGCUUUCCCCGUCGCACAACCGCGGCUCCAGUUUCUCGCUCGUCUUCGUGGCCAACUACCUCGGCAUUGUCAUUGCGUACUGGGUUAAUAUUGGCAUACGGAACUCCAACGCGGACUUUCGUUGGAGGUUCCCCCUUGCCUGGAUGGUGGUUCCCCUUCUUGUGGUGGAUGCUGCGCUUCCCUUCCUGCCGGAGUCCCCUCGCUGGCUCAUUGCCAACGGCCAGCGAGGACAGGCGAUAGAGAUUCUCUGCAAACUUCGUGGUGAUCUGUCGCCGGUGGACGCUGGGAUAACGAACGAAGUAGAGCGGCUCGAUGCUAUUGUAGAAGCAACGCACCAUCAGCGCAACGAUCUUAUCAACGUCGUACUCGGCGGCCGCUACUCGGGAAGACUGCACCUCGGGAGACGUGCUGCUUUGGGAUUGGCCCUUCAAUGGAUCCAACAAUGGUCGGGAAUACUUGCCAUUGUGACAUGGGCCGGGACGCUGUUCACCCUCGCCGGUUCCGACUCAAAUAAGAUGCUGCAGCUACGGACAAGGGCCUGUCACUCCGGCAGGGGGCAGCAGCAGCCUCACUUGUCUUUAUAUAUACGGUUCUUUACCAUGUUCAACCUUAUCCCCUGCUGGAUCUACGGCACAGAAAUUUGGCCUCAAGAGAUCCGAGCAAAAGGCUACAGCUUCACCAUCUUUGGGUGGGCGACGGGUUGCGGAUCGACUCAGUUCCUCAUCCCCAUCAUGCUUAGCAGGCUCACCUACGGCACUUAUGUCUUCUUUGGAGCGAUCAACAUUGCUGCCGUGCCCGUCGUUUGGCUCCUGUUUCCAGAAACAGCCAACAAGUCAUUGGAAGAAGUGUCGUUACUCUUUGCCAGCGACAGCCUGCUGGCGACCGAAAACACGAGAGAAUUCCACCGGCGCGUAGAUGCCGCAGGCGGUCAUGUUGCCACUGCCGUCAGACGUCUGCUCGAUGAAGUCGACGGACGGGCCGGGCCGGGCAGCGGCGCGAACGCCAGAGAGCACAGGGAAAAUCAUGAAGGCGAAGGCGAGGCGUAG